AGAAAAUCACGAAUCGAAAAAUGGAGUCUUACAUUGAGGCGGAUAGUUUCGCAGAGUUUGCGAAAGCCAUUAAUAAAAUGUCAGUUAACGAUUUAACACCAAUUUUUGAGAAUUUGCUAUCAAGACCGCACCGAGCAGAAUUCCUAAAACUAUGCUUACAAAAAGGAUGUAAUAGGAAUUACGUGAAUAAUGAGACUGGAAAAGCUGCCAUAAACUAUGCUGCCGAAUCUUUGCAUUUCAGUAAUUUAUAUCUGUUAAUUAAUUUUGAGCAAGAAAAAGACAAGACUAACAAAAAAAGGAAAAAUGAGAAGAUGUCUACCGAAACAAUCAAAAAGACAUAUAAUAAGGAAGAGGAGACGGGAACUUCUAACCACAACUCUGUGACAAUAAAUGUAGAAAAUAGUAAUGUCGAUCGCUCCUCAGCUGUUGGAGUUGAGGAAUCCAUUGAAUUAUUGCCUGAGAAAAAUGUAUCCGAAAAAGCUGUUAUAAAAGAUAUAGAUCAUAAAUACCAAAACCAAACAGCACUCAACUAUUUAGCCAGCCAUUUAACUUCAGACAAUGCUAGUGAAGUUCGUGAGUGCAUGGAACUCUUGCUUCUAAAUGGCGCAGAAGUGAAUGCAAUGGAUGAUUCCGGGGAAGUACCGUUGAGUUACACUGCUUCAGCGAUAUACAUCAGCGGAUUUAAUUGCCAAAGAGGCGUGGAUCUAUUUGGAAACUAA